UUUUUUGUAUUUUUUUUUCUACCUAAUACCACGUCAUUAGAGAUACGCCCUGAGAAUUGAGAGAACCGAAACAUUCUCGAAUCCAAAUCAGAAAACUCAUCUGAGCUUCUUUUCUUCAAUUUUGGAGCGAAUAAUCGAUUCAUCGUGUGGCUCUUAUUUCUGAGACGAAGCGAGAGAUAUGGAUUGGGACAACGUAGCUGCUGAGGAUGUGAUCGAGGCGUUGAGAGAAGUUGAAUGGUCGACGCCUCCUCGUUCGUUCGGCGAGUUCUUCUCUAGAUUCGCAUUCCCUCGCUCUUUCUCUAAAUGGAAGAGCCGUCUCAAAUGCAAUCUCUACUACUAUAGGACGAAUUACUUCAUCCUGAUGAUUUUCGUUCUGGGUCUUGCGCUUAUUACAAGACCAUUGGCUAUUGUGGGUGCUGCUUUCACAGCCUUGAGCAUAGCUUUCCUUAACGACAGUUUUGCAGCUACUUUUAAUGAGAAGUUUAUAAGGACUAUUAGGCAUUUCUCUCCACAUCUAGCAGCAAAAAUGAGGCCUCCCCACAUGCCUGUCAUCCGUGGAAGAUCAGCAGCAAGAAAGACGGUAUACGUAUGUGGGAAACCACGUUGGGUAUUCGUUGUUAUUUUCCUAACAGCCAGUCUUGUCAUGUGGUUUUCUUCCUGCGGUUUGUUGUGGGUCCUCUAUGCACUUCUCACUUCCCUCGUCGUGAUUGUUCUUCACGCAAGCGUGAGAACUCCAAACCUCAAGGCACGCUUGAACACAUUCCGAGAAGAAUUUCGGGCUGUCUGGCGUAACUACAGUGAACUCUAAGUCACAGGUCGCUACACAAUCCAGAAGCAAACCUAGCAGCCUUAAGAAUCUAGCCAUCUAGGCCGUUAGUCUGAAGUGAGCAUCCCUUUGUUUUGUCAGAUUAUAGUAGAUACAGCUCUCAGUUUCAUGGUUAAGAUGGGUUAUUGGCUGUUCAAUCGCAGACAUAAUAGAUUCACUUGAAAAACAGGACAUACUUGACCAAGUUACUUCUAAUUGGUGUGUAGUGAUGUUCAUCCUUUUCAAA